AGUUCCUUUCAUUUCAUUUCCGCAAAAUUUAUUUGGCCACGACCAAUGGGACUAAAAAGUAUUUAAAAGCAAAAGAAGAGGGAAAAUUUGUAAAGCGCAAGUCUUACAUUGUGCAGACGUAGAAGAAAAGAAUAAAAAAGACCAGAAGAGAGGCGCUCGAUUGAACACGGAAUAAUAAUUCUCACAACAAUGGGGUUCGUUGCAUUUGCUGGCAGAUUCCUAUUUUCAGCCCUUUUCAUCUUCUCUGCGUGGCUAAAAGUAUAUGAUUUUGGUUAUGAUGGUGGUGCUGCCUUGAAUAUUUUGACACCCAAAUAUGGUGUAUUCAGAAACCAUGUCAGAACAAUCCUUGGGGUUGACGUGCCAGAUUUUGAGAUGAAACAAGCAUUGAUGACAAUUAUUGCAUUAGAGGGCAUUGGAGGCAUUCUCUUCACCUUUGGCAGCAACUUGGGGGCAUACUUAUUGCUAAUCUUACUUGCAGCUGUGACACCGAUUGUGCAUGAUUUCUAUAAUUAUGACAUGCGGAGGCCUGAGUAUGUUGUAGAGUUUGUUCAAUUUCUGAAGAAUUUAGCACUCUUUGGCGCCCUUCUUUUCUUCCUUGGUACAAAUUCGUCAAAAAAGAAACACAGGAUGAAUACUAUCAAAGUAAAAGGCAAUUAAAUUUAGAGCAUAGCGCAAUUUAUUCUAGAGCAUGAUGGUUUGUUCUCAGGUUAUGUUCAUGGAGAUUGAUAUUUCGUUCAAAGUCUCCGGUUAAGUCACAAAUUUGGACAGUGGCGAGCACGCACAAUGGAAGCUAAAUUGGGUGUAUCAUCUCAAGCAGGCCCAGAUUUUGGGCUCUACUUGUUUCAUGACUUCCAUGAGAUUGUAAUGGAGGCAAUUCUUAGUAGACUUAUGAAAGUUCAAUUUCUGAUUGAUUAACAGAAAGUUCAAUGUUUUGAUCAGGGUACUUUUGUUGUAUUCAAGGUUUUUGAAUUUUCAUCAAUAUUGAUGGAAGAAAUUGCAUGUUAACAUUUUGUUUAUUGUUGAAUUAAGUUUUGGGUAGAACAUUUUUUUCG